AUGUCGCUCCCCAGCGCCGAGCCCUGUUCCCAGGAGGAGCCCCCGGCGGCGGAGGAGGCGGCGGCGUCGCCCCCCGGGCCCGAGCCCGCCGCUCUUCCCGAUCCUCCUCCCGCUCCUCCCGGCGCUGUGCGCGGGGCGGAGCCGCGCUCCCCGGGCCCGGAGCGGCCCUCGGAGCCGGCGGCGGGAGCCAUGGCCGAUGAUCGGGAGCUGCGCGUCCGCUUCAUCGAGCCGGAGGAGGCCGAGCCGGAGGCGGCGGGCGGCCGCUGGCGCUGCGGGAGAGGCGCGGACGGGGCCGCGCUGCGCUGGUGCAUCAGCGGGGUGCUCUGCGCCUCCUUCCUGGGGCUGGGGCUGAGCAUCGCGAUACUGGGUCCCACCUUCCCCAACCUGGCCGCCAAUGUCGGCAAGAACGUCAGCGAUAUCUACUACAUCUUCGUGGGCCGGUCCCUGGGCUCCCUGGCCGGGUCGGUGGUCGGCGGGGUGCUCUUCGACUGCAUGAACGCCGCUCUGCUGCUCGCCUUAUCUAUGCUUGGAACAGCAGCUGGUCUUUAUGGGAUACCUUGGUGUCGGGAAUCCCUGCUGUUAACAGUCUUGAUGUCAGUUAUUGGAGGUUCCAUGGGAGUUCUGGACACAGGUGGCAAUGUAAUGUUACUGAAUACCUGGGGAUCAGAGGCUGGGCCACACAUGCAGGCUUUGCACUUCAGUUUUGCUGCUGGUGCAUUUCUGGCUCCGAUCCUGGCUUCAGUGGCCUCGGGGGGUUCUCAAUCUGAAGAACUUGCAGGGGCUGAAAAGACAAACCAGUCUGUCCUGAAGUCUGUGCUGACAGCAUCAGCUGCAUCAACUACACCAGCACCAGAAGACCAGCAUGAUGCAGACUUUUUGUGGUCCUAUAUUAUCAUAGGGACCUAUAUUCUCUUAAUUUCCAUCUUAUUUUUUGUUUUGUAUUCAAAGAACACCUCAGCUAAAGACAAAUCAAAGGCUUCUGCACAGAAGGGCAGGCUUGCCAAAUACCAUUGGCAUCUAAUUGGUCUCAUGUUUGUAUUCUUCUUGUUCUAUGUGGGAGCAGAAGUCACUUAUGGCUCUUAUGUAUUUACUUAUGCAGUAGUCUUUGCUGAGAUGACGGAAAGUGAAGCAGCUGCUUUGAAUUCUGUCUUCUGGGGCGCAUUUGCCGUGUGCAGAGGCGCGGCGAUAUUUGGUGCUGCUUUCCUGGCUCCUGUCACCCUGAUCCUGAUGAGUCUCGUGUGCUCUGCUGCCUCCUCAUCAGCCCUGGCCUUCUUUGCCCAUUACCGAGCCUCACUGUGGGUGGGAACUGCCGUAUAUGGAGCAUCCAUGGCCACCAUUUUCCCCAGCGGCAUUUCCUGGAUAGAACAGUACACGGUCAUCGAAGGAAAAUCAGCUUCUCUGUUUGUGGUGGGCGCAGCGCUGGGCGAGAUGUGCAUCCCAGUGGCGGUGGGCUAUCUCCAAGGCAGGUUCCAUCACAUUCCCAUCGUUAUGUACACUGCCUUUGUCACUUCUGUAAUGACAGUCCUGCUCUUCCCCGUGAUGUACAAACUGGCCAACGCUCCCCAGGAGAGCGACUCGAAAGUAGUAAGGGAGAGCGACACCCGGAAAGCUUUGCUGUCAAACUCGAGGCUUACUGAGGACGAGGAGGAUGAGGAGGAGGUGAGAGAGUGGAACGAUGCAGACUUUGAGGUAGUAGAAAUGAAUGACAAGCUGAAAAACUCUCUGACGGACGCCUCCUGUAGGAUACCAGGGGACUCUCCAGCUGAAGCCUCUCUCCAGCCCCGUUCAGAUGACAUAUUGGGUGAUCCUCCAGUGGUUACUGGUGGCUCCCCUGGGAGACAAAACGGGAAUAUUGACUGGGAGAAGUGAAUAGAGUCAAAACAGACUUUUUUCCCCCUUUUUUAAAAAUGGAAAUGCAAUUGAAUUGUAGCUGUUGUAAAGUGGUUUGGGAAUCCUUUCAUAGUGAUGCAGAGCUCAGCGUGUUCAUUUGCUCAGCCCUUUCUCCACUUUCAUUUUCAGCCUGCAGGGAUGUGUCAUGGAGUGGGAAGGUCCUCAGUGAUGUGAAUGGGGUAACAUGAUAAAUGUUUGCCAAAACUGUUAAAACAUGAGAUGUUUUCUAAAUGUGAGGCAUGCAUCCAAGGAAGAGAUGCUGUAAUAACUGGGAAAGAAGGGGACUGCUCAGACUACUCAGUUUCUUGAGGUGGGUGAAAGGUGCAGGUCUGAGGUGCUUUGCCACAAAAUGGUUUCAUGAGAGAGGAGAGAGAUCUUUUAUGGGUAAUGUUAAACAUUCUUACCUUCUUACCUUGUGAAGGAGGAAUGUUUCUACCGCAUUUGAAAGCUGUGUGUGAUGCCCAGCAGCUGUAAACUAAAAACCUUUUGGCAAACUACAGAAAUUUUUGGUUCUGAGACAAAGAUGAGACAAAUCUGGAAAUUAUUUCUUAGGAGUGAAACCAUGCCUUUGGGUGAUUUAAAAGCAGUUUAUGAGAAACAGUGGCAACAAAUCUAAAUAAUCAAAAGUAUUGUGAUUUUAAUUAUGGCACAACCACUGAAAUCAACAAUUGUAUGCAGAAGAUGUAAAAUUAUCAUGUAAUCUUUGAAUGGCUUGGGUUGGAAGGGACGUUUAAAGAUCACCCAGUUCCAACCCACUGCCAUGACAGGGGCACCUUCCACUGGACCAGGUUGCUCAGAACUCUAUCCAGACUGACCUUGAAAACUUCCAGGGCAUCCACAACUUCUCAGGGCAACCUGUUUCAGUGCCUCACCACCUGCACAGGAAAGAUUUUUUUCCCUGGUAUCUAAUCUAAAGCUACUCUCUUUCAGUUUGAAGCCAUUCCCCCUUGUCCAAUCACUACACACUCUUGUGAAGUCCCACUCCAUCUUUCUUGCUGGAUCCCUUCAGGUAAAAGAGAUUACUUAAUAUAUGUUGUUUAAAUUAAGGUUAUAGCAACUUCUCUGACUUCCUGUGUCAAGACUUUAACAGGGUAAUGUGUUACAAUGAAGAUUUGAGAAGGAGAGGGAUUAUCAAUGAGACAUUCCUUUCCAGUCUGGCUACUUGUCCCUGGCCAGUUGGAUUGGUGACACUUGGGUUUUAUUUCUUUGGAUACGACAUGAAGAUGGACUCUCCCUAGCAGAGAAGCAGUGCUGUGUAUGUCUUGGUUUAUUGGUUUGUAUGUGUAGGUUUAUUGCUGGGCAGGUGCAGCCAUGCCAGGGAGCCCUCCCAGUAAGAGAAAAAAAAAAGGUAGCAGCAAAUGGCAAAAUCUGUCUCUGAACAGUAAUCUUGCCAUUUGUCAGCUUGGAACUCCAAAUUAGUUAAGUGUUUUUACAUUAAGAUCAGAAUGUACUCUUGUUUGGGGUUUUUUAACUUUGCAAUUUUAUCAGUAUUUUUCUUGCUAAGAGGUUUCCAUUUAGUAACAAAAGGCCUCUAGGUGUAAUGUAACAGAAUCUUAGAUGGAUUCCCUGGAUUUCCAGGUCUGCUUUUGUUCCCUCUCGUCUUCCAGGUGUGCAACCUAAGUUUGCAUGGUCUUGUCCUUUCUUCUGAGAAGUUAAUAAGAAGCCAGGAUCUGCUUGUAGUGAAAGAUUUUUGUUAAUAUCUUGUCAUGUUGCAGGGCCUCCCUCUCUCCCUCUGCUGCUAGCACUUAAAUGCCAUUGUGUUUUUGAUGGACUCCUUCUGUGGCAUCUUUUCCCCAUGCAAUGCAUGAACCUAGACUUCAAAAUGAAGCUUGUUUCACUUGUGGCACAAGAGUUCUGUUUUCUCACAGGAAUGGUAAUUGCUUGUAAAUGCCGGUCCUUGCCUAGGCACAGGUGACAGGAGUGAGUCCGUGUAGCCGUGUGUGCUUAGCUGGCUUGGCAUGGAAGCAAACUGUGGUGGGCAGACAGAGUGGAAGGAAUGAGGGCAGCUGGAACCUGCAUUUCACUGGUUUUGCUCUUCCCACUUUUCCUCCUGCAUGCUAUUUCCUGUGUGUGGAAAGCAGGGGGUGUCAGCUGAUGGUGAGGACAGAUCCCACUGGUGCAGGGGGAGGGAGAAGGUGCAGGACAGUGAAAGAUAUGGGAACUGUUUUGUGGCAGCUCCCCACUGCAGCUGCGGUGCCCUUGGCUUCACCUGUGUUGAUGUUGCUAUAAAAAAGUUUCCCCAUACCUGAGAUCAUUCGCCAGAAGAAAAUAAUUUAAAGAAAGAUACUGGGCAACCAGGCAGAGUCUAAACUCCCCCAAUUAAUAUGCUAAUUUUGGAUGAAAUUCCAGAUUGGAAUGUCCUACAUGUAAGACUGUUCUCAGGGAUGGUUUACAUGGAUAGUUUACUUUAUAUCAUUUGCACAAUCAAGUACUAAAAAACCUCAGAAAAUUAAAUAAAGCCUACAUUGGAAAAUAUGCUGUAAUAUCUUAGAAGCUUAUCUACUGCACACAUACACGCAAACUGAUUUUAUUUCUGACCAGCAUCUUCCCAGCAACUGUAAAAAUAUUGCACAAUGAUUUUAUUUUUCUAACUCCUGUGUGAGUAACUUCAAUUCAUCCCCAUUUCCUCCUUAAAAAGCAGAAGGCCUGUGUAGUAUGAAUGGAGCAACAGGUUGGAAUGCCAAGGUAAGAGCAACCUUUUCCCAUGAAUAAAGGAUCCGAAAAGCAGUGGCUGCAAAACAGUGGAAGCUGAAGAAUUAUCUGUGUAGAAUCAGUUUCCAUUGAUGUGUGGAGACCUGCCUAAAUUUAGAGUCAUCUUUAGAUGACUAUUAGCCUUCAGUGUCUUAGUUCUGGUCUUAAACUUGAACUGGGAUAGAUGGAUAAAAAGAGUUCUCCUUAUCCCCUAACCAGCCUGCUUUCAAUAGCAGGAGCUGCCCUUGACUGAAAAUGCAAUGCUUGAAGCAAUUUAAAACAAGAUCUAGGACAUUUCCAAGGAUUCACCUUGUAAUUCUAGGCACCCUCAAUGACCAAAGUUUAGCUUUCAGCUCUUGGGUUUUGGUGUUCCUCAAGGCCUGUUUUCAGACAAUGAAUUUUAGUUUUCACAUGUUUAAAUUUCCUUUCAAAGUAAACUUCUUCCUGGAAUAUACAGCUGAAGUGAGGAUCUAUUUACAGUGCAGAUUUUAAGUUACAGGCCCCCCCAGCAAGCUCAUGUACUUACAUAUUAGGGGUUGAAAUUACGUGGAGUAACUAUAUUACAUUACUACUGCCCUGCUUGUGCUAGAAAAGCCAUCCCUCUUGUUGAGGACAAGAGCUUUAAUCCAUGGAUUAGAUACCUGAAUUUGUAAGAAUCCUAUUUUUGUCCACAAACCCAGGAAUAGUAUGAAGAUGAGUGCUCUGCUCCAGUGUGAAAGGUAACCUCUUACAGCUAAGUGUCAUUUAAUACUUUAUUUAUCCUGAGGCACUGCCAAGUGCUGGACUGUACUGCAAGCACUCACUCCAGGCAUUUGCACUUUUAUUCUGUACAUGACCAAUGCUUGAAUGCAAGACCAGGCAAAGUUUUAUGCCUUGAUGUUUCGGGUUUUUUAAAAGUUAUUUUGCAUACAAGUGCAUCGCAAUCUCUGGAUGUUUUAUUAUAUAUGUAAUAUUUUUUACUCUGUUUGGUGUGGGUUUAACAUUGUACUGUAUAAUGUGACAUUUAUUAGACUGACUUGUGUCUUAACUAUAAUAAAUUCUUAUCUGGAGAAGGUACUCAGGUUCCUCAAUGUAAAUAAAGUUUUGUUCUAUUUUUUAAA